ACGAUAACCUAGAGAUCUGGGGAGCGUGGAUACAAUCGAACAUUUCCACCAGGAGAGAACACCCUCACCGCGAUGUCUCAAUCACUCCGUCCAUACCUGUCCGCAGUCCGGUCAACACUGACUGCUGCCCUCUCGUUAUCAAACUUUGCAUCGCAAGCAUCCGAAAGACACAAUGUCCCCGAAAUCGAAGCCAAGACCUCCCCCGAAGUCGUCCUGAAUCCCCUCACCGUAUCGCGAAACCAGGAAGAGAGAGUACUCGUGGAGCCGUCAGUAAACAGUGUGCGUGUCAGCAUACGGAUAAAGCAGGCAGAUGAGAUCGAGCACAUUCUCGUGCACAAGUUCACGCGCUUCUUGACACAGCGAGCGGAGGCAUUCUUCAUAUUGAGAAGAAAGCCGGUGCCUGGAUAUGACAUCUCUUUCCUCAUCACGAACUUCCACACCGAGGAGAUGCUGAAGCACAAGCUGGUGGACUUCAUCAUUCAGUUCAUGGAGGAGGUUGACAAGGAGAUCUCGGAGAUGAAGCUCUUUUUGAAUGCUCGGGCUCGUUUCGUUGCGGAGAGCUUCCUAACGCCGGUAGGUACGCGCCUUUGA